GACCAAGACCGCUUCUUGAAUUUCACGAAGACGUCGAAAGAAUCGGAGGCCGCCUCGUCUGUCCAUUUGCGGAUGAAGACCUUCCAUGAAAUGGAAUUCGAUGCCCAGCUGUAUCAUGUCAGUGUGCCGAGCCUUCUGUCAGAGAAGCCUCAGCACUUGAUCGGCAUUGCUACUACUGCCGCGACCGAGCCCGCAGUCUGCAGCAUCCCAGAGCACGAG